ACAAGCAAGCAUGCGGAAUGAACGUUUCCAUUGGUGCCCAGGAGAGAGGCAGAUGGGAUGUUUGUAUUUGGGGAAUCUGUUACUCAUUAUAAGAGCUGGAGAACCGAAUGAACUUCACUCUGGGAGCAUACAGACUUUGCCCUCACAAUGAAUCCAAAGCUCAAGUGGCUCUUCAUCUGCCAGCUGUUGCUGUGUGACCUUCUCCCCUGCCAAUCUCUGCAUGCCCUGGCUCCGAAGACAACUCCCACAUCCCAAAUCCCAUCCCGUGAUCCACAUGAAGCAGAGGGAGAUAAAGACUCAACUGUCGCACAAGAACUCAAGGUGGAGUCUGCAAAAAGGGUGGUGGACACCUUAUCCCAGCUGCUGGGAUCCAAAAUCAAGGUGCCGUCAAUCAGCGAGAAUGUCACUUGCAGUGAACUGGUCGAGGCAUCCCUUGGAGAUGACACUCGCUGGCCGCUCUUUGCGAAAGAUCUAGUGGCUAUCGCGCUGGUGCCCCUCCUCGCUGGCUUCGGCUGCCGUCAAGAAGCAGAAAAGCUGGUUCUACAGCUCUAUGAAGAUUUGGGGUUCCUGGAUGCGAAUGAAAUGCUUUUGGAAUUCAAGGACGUCAUCCAGAAAAACCCAACCAGGACCCUAGCGACCCCUCAAGCCAAUCUGGCAUUCGAUGGGGAGCAUCAUCUUCAGGCUCUGCUGUUCAACAUCAACCAGAUUGCAUCCCAGUUCCAGAACCCAGAAGAGAGCAACGAGAUCAAGGAAAGUGCAGAAGCCAAGAAGUGCAAGGGAUGGGUGAAGGUCAACAGUACGUUGCUCAUGGGAGACGCCAUGAAGGUGCACAUGGAACUGAGAGAGGCCAUCGAGGAGUGCGAAGGCUUGGGGUAUCUCUGCUCAGGGGUCAGCGGUAAAGAGACUUUCAGCGUCAUCCGAAGGAAAGGCAGCCACAUCCUUCCCCAGAUUGAUGCAGAGUCCUGGAUUCAAGAAUGCGAAGAGGUCCACCUUGGAAAGCUCUACCACCACAUUGCAAGACGGAGCCUUCAGAAGGAUUGUGACGAUAAGAUGGAGCAGAAGGUGUACAGUGUGGUGGAGUGGAUCCCGGCGGUUAGCACACUCUACAAUCUGGGCACAGCGGUCUACUACGCCACCAUCAACUGCACUGAAGAGGCCAAGGAGAGGGCCAUUCUCACUGCCGUGGACCUGGGCACAGAUGCCUUGAUGGCAGCUACCGGUGGCACGGCCGGGAUUGCAGGCUACGCCGCGGGGGCUGGUUUGAAAACCGGGCUGAAAGCCGGCAUCAAAUACCUGCUUAGAAAAAUGAAGAAAGAGGAAGAUAUCGUCUUCGAUCAGGAUUACUGGACAAACGGCACCAUGAUUGUAGAGUAACCAGCUGAAUUAGUUGCUAAAAAUCUAGAUCUGCUUAUUAUUUCACUACUAGGCAAAUGUUUAUGACGAAAAUGGAUUUAAAAGGAAUUGAUGAAAUACAAAGCGUGCAAAAUAACACAGACAAUACCACAGCAUUUUACAUUUUACAAGAUACAAUUGGGGUUAACGUAACAUCUUUAUGAGAUUGAUCAUUUCUUGUAACUUUUUUGUGGAUACCUGUUAAGUGUUUCAGAAUCCCCACAGUGACAUCACUUUUGUUAUAACCUAUGUUGUCCGUGUCACUGUAAUAAUCCUUUUUGAUAUUUUUAUUCAUACAGUAGUGUGCACGCGUAUUAAUAACACUGCAAGAUGUGUCAUUUAUAUCCUUUAUAUAGCUACCUGCACCUCAGGGGGUGAGAAUUCAAUUUCCGGUCAGUAAUCAGUGAUAUAGAAACAAUAGGCACUCGUGUGAAAAUGUUAGACCACUCUGUGUUUUAAUCAGGCAUCUUAAACAACUUCUAAAAAGUCUCCUGCAUUUUAUCAUGUGUGGCUCUGUGUUCAUUUUCUCUUGCUGUUUUAAAUGAAUUGCAUGUGUGGCCUAUUAAAGUCAUCAAUUAAAUUAGGCAAUCACGAAUUUGCCUGUUUUGACA